AUGGAAUAAUGUAACUGUGACAUUGGUAUAAAAUACGUGUUUAUCCUAUAGAGUUAAGAAAUUAAGAAAAAAACUCAUGUUGGAGAAUCUGAGUAUCUUCUUGAUAAAGACUCAAAUAAAAAGUACAUUUUGUAGAACGUUACCGGGUAUGCUUUGAGAGGGUAAUUGACUGCGAUUCUUGGUCCAUCAGGAGCAGGAAAGACAACAUUAGUUGCUUUAUUGAGUUAAAGAUAUAAAGGAAACAAUAACAUCACUGUUAGUGGAACAUUUUUGGCAAACAAUGAAGAAUAUGUUAAGUUUACCGAUUUCGGAGCUUUUGUGAUGCAGGAUGAUUUAUUGAUGGCAACACUUACAGUCAAAGAAACAUUAUUAUUUUCAGCCUCAUUGAGAUUGAAAGGGUCACAAUUGGAUAAGAUACAUAGAGUAAAUGAGCUUAUCAAAGAUCUUAAUUUACAUCGUUGUUAAGAUACCUAUGUAGGGGACAGAAUGCUAAAAGGAAUUUCUGGAGGAGAAAAGAAAAGAACAGCAAUAGGAGUUGAAUUAGUGAGUGAUCCUCCAGUUAUCAUUUUAGAUGAACCAACAUCAGGAUUAGACUCCUACACAGCUUUUAUUUGUAUGAAUAUCUUGAAGAAAAUUGCUUUAAAAUUACAAAGGACCAUUCUAUUUACAAUACAUCAACCAAGUUUUGAUAUCUCCUCACUUUUUAAUCGAGUGAUAAUUAUGAAUAAUGGUUAAAAUGUUUAUUAAGGGAAUGCUGACUAAUUAAUUGGAUACUGUGAGUAGAUAGGAUUGAAAGUAAUGGCUUAUUCAAAUCCCUUGGAUACUAUCAUGAAUAAUUUAAAUCCCAUAUACAAUAAUUAAUAAUAAUUGGUUACAUAUCAGAAUUAUUAAAAAUAUUUGGAAUUAGCUGUGACUAGUUAUACUACUCAGUAAAAUGGAAUUAUCAAAAGAAGAACUUAAUCUAGUUUUGGGUUGGAGUUUAAAAUGUUGUUUUGGAGAGCAAAAACUAAUUUUUGGAGAUCACCCACUCUACUAAGAGCAAAGAUAAUAUCGGCUUUUAUUAUGUCAAUAUUUAUUGGGAGUCUUUAUUGGAAUGUCGGUCAUGAAAUGCCUAAUCAAUCACCAGACUUAAGUAGUUACUCGGAAGUUACUAAAUUUUUAUAGAACAUGAAUGGAGCAUGUUUUAUGGGAGGAACAGGUGCAUUCUUUUCAGCCUUAAACCCUAUGAUGAUGUUAUUUCCUGUUGAAAGAGAUAUCUUUUUGAAGGAAGAAAAUACAAAAUUAUAUAAAAUAUUCCCCUAUUUUAUAGCCAAGAUAAUUGUAGAAAUUCCAUCGAAUAUCUCAAUUUCUAUAGUGUUGGCUUUGAUUUUAUAUUGGGCAUUUGGAUUCAUUUGGGAGAUUGCAAAGUUGAUCCAAUUUAUACUGAUAACUAUAGCCGUAUCAUUAAGUGGAAAUGGAAUAGGAAUGUAUUUAAUAUAAUAAGUUGUUAAGCUUCACAGAGCUGCUUAAUUGGGACCUGUGAUUAUGUUGCCAAUUCAACUAUUUGGUGGUUAAUUAGUGAAUUUGAAAUCAAUUCCUAAAUGGAUAGGCUGGUUCUAAUAUGUUUCACCAUUCAAAUAUUUCUUGGAGGCAUUUGGAAGAACUCAACUUGAAGACGUAGAAUUCAAAGCAAUUAUUAAGCAAGAAGAUUCCACUUCUAUUCAAAUGAUUAGUCCUAUGUAAUAUUAUGGAAGGGACUUCGGAUUAUGGAAUAGUAUUAUUGUAUUAUUUGGAAUUGCUCUAGCUUUUCAUAUUUUGGCAGUGAUAAUGUUAAAGUUAUUAAUUAAGAAAUUGAAUGUAUGA